GAGAGGGAGGGGGAGGAGAGAGAUAUAGGACCUGCAUCAGAGGAGGUUCGGCCUCAGACUGAUCGGAUCCUUCCGCCGCCUCGUCGCUUCAGAUCAUCAGGUGCAGACGCUCAGCGGAGACGCCGGAGGAAGGGACAGUGAGGACGUCUACAUGCUCAGCUCUCUCUGCGGCUCUGAGAAGAACAAUUGUGCCAAUCGGCGGCAAUCAUGGAUUUUGUGAUGAAGCAAGCUUUAGGUGGGGCCACCAAAGACAUGGGUAAGAUGCUUGGUGGGGAGGAGGAGAAGGACCCGGAUGCAGCCAAGAAGGAGGAGGAGCGUCAGGAGGCGCUGAGGCAGCAGGAGGAGGAGAGGAAGGCCAAACACACCCGCAUGGAGGCAGAGAGGGAAAAAGUACGACAGACCAUCAGGGACAAGUAUGGGCUGAAGAAGAAGGAGGAGAAAGAGGCGGAGGAGAAAGCAGCCAUGGAGCAGGCCUGUGAGGGUUCGCUGACACGUCCGAAGAAGGCAAUCCCGAGGGGCUGCGGAGACGACGACGAGGAGGACGAGGAGAGCAUCCUCGACACUGUCCUCAAGUUUCUGCCCGGACCUCUACAGGACAUGUUCAAGAAGUAAAACAAAAAACAGAUAAAAACAAAUCAGACAAACCCUUAAUUCAGGGUCCAGUCUGGCCUGGGCUAAGCUGCGGGGCAACGGGAGGAGGGCGUCUUUGUGUCAGGGACUUUGGGUUGGGCGAACUUCCGGUGUUGGAAGGUUUGGGGAGAAGAAAGGCUGGGGGACUUGAACUGGUUGGGGUUGGCUGGAUUGAGUGUAGAUCUGGGGUAUGUAGAAGUCAUCGGGAGGGGGGUUCUUGCCAAACUGUUAGAGGCUACACACUGCCUUUCUAGAAAUUGUUUACUUUGUUCUUUUCUACUCCUCAACAAUUGGGUCAUUUUGUUUGCCACUAUUUCUGUACAACGUUUCAACUGCCAAUUAGCACAUUUCUUACAAUUCGUAUGGGGUUUUUUUUGGUCCUUUGCCUGUUGUUAUUUUUAAACUAAUUAAGAGAGGAUAUUUUGAUUGGUUGGUCACCAUCUGUUGCCAAGCAAUGGUGACCAAUGGAGGGCAGUGGACACUUCUGUCCUCUUGCUUCUGAGGUUUUUCAAAACGGCACUGCCGCCGUGUUUUCCAGUAGAUGGAGCAUGUUUUGUUAAUUUUGAUGGGUGUUUUCUACUUUUAUGAACCUGGUGUAGGUCUUUAUAUGAAAAAAAUAAAAUAAAAUCUGCAUUUGAGUUUUUAGGACAUGUGCCUUCAUAUCAUCUCCUCUUGCAGAGGAAUUGUAAAUGAGGGUUUAAUUUGAGUCACACCGCUGUACACUUGUUGGUAGCAUGUAGGCACGCGUUCAAAGAUACAAGAUCGGACACUUUUGGAAAAUUGUAUUUUUCGAUUUUUAUGCUAGCUAGCUGGCAUACUUUGGGGUUUCCAGAAGUUCAAAAACCGUUGACUUCCGGAAAUGUCAGUCCACAAAACAACUUAAAAACUUAAUUCACUGGCUACGAGCUUCCAAAGAUCUGUCUGCUGAAGAAAAAAAAAGUUUUACUUAUCUCUUACUUCCACCUCUAGUUUUGCAAAGCUAGACUUCCCAUGCUAGUCAGCUAGCUAAACUUCCAUCAUGUUAGAAAAGUAAAACUUCAGAUUUCAAGAGCUCACAAUUCGUGCAAACAAACAAGACUCAACCUUGUAUGAAUCCCAUUUUUAAAAGUUAAUCACUGCCGCUUUGCCCGAAAUUACAGAUUUUAGGUAGAUCAUGAUUUUAGGUAGCGUGGUACCCAUAGACAAUCAAAGCAUUAGCCACCGGGAAACGGGCGGGGUCGCCGGUAAUGUACAUGUUGUCAUUUCCUGUCACACCAUCCAUGAUUGAUUAUAUGUGGGUUCUACAUUAAGCACUUGAUUAACUAUCUAAUUUUUCUUCUUUACACAUGAAUGCAAACGCCAAGCAAUGUCUGGAUUUUAUUUUACUUUGUUGUGAAUGUGCCACAAAUUUAUUUAAAUGCAAAAUAUGAUUACAUUUCGCAUUCCAGCCGAGCUUCUCCAUCUCCUUCGUCUUUUAAAUGAGUGCAUGACUGAAGUUCAUCAAAACCGAGACCAAAGAAAUACUGGUGAGAUACUUUCUAUUUCUAUCGUCUCCACCGAAACUGAGGCACACGUACCGAACUUGGUUUUUAUUGUUUGUGUGAGGCCUGUUGUAAAGACGCAGCAGCCCAUACCGCGUGUGCAUGCAUCCCAAAGACCACCGCUAUACUAAAUGAUACUCUCCUGUUUCCAAUAAACUUAGACUGGCCUGUGAGCCGGCGCAUCUCGCUGCCUGAAGAGCUCAUUUAGAGCUGAUUAUAUUCUGCAUCGUGCAUCUCUUAAUCCAACGGAAUAUCACAGUGAUUUGUCCUAUAGCAUUUAAGUAUAUGUGCUUUACAUGGAAACGAUCUCUAUUUAGUGAAACUACCUUAAUAUACGGACAUUUAUUAGUAAAAUAAAGCAUGUUGGUUAUCCGGCGGCCUUUCAGAGGUUAGCUACGCGACGAUGUGUGAUGAAUACAUUGCCCCAUGAGUUUGGAAUUUAGAAUAACUUUAAAGCUACAGUGUGUAAUAUUUAGGAGAAGUUAUUCACAGAAAUUGAAUAUAUUGUCAAUAACUAUGUGUUCAUGUAUGAGUUAAAUAUAGUAACAUGAGGUGGACCCGACCGUUUGAACUAAACGGUCCAGAUUACGUUGCGUUUGCGUUGAAUUUACAGACGCUGCUGGAAAUCGGAAAUGGAAUCAGCGGUGCGCCGCCAUAAAGUGUCCCCUGUCGGUCGCUUAGUUGGUUGCGGUUUGCAACUUUACCACCAGAUGCCGGCAGAAAGUUUCGAAAAUUACACACUGUAGCUUUAAGGAUUAAAAAGACUACGAUGGAGUUGUCAUGAUCAUUAUGAGAACAUCUUCCUUAUUUUCAUUUUCUUGCUCAGAUAGGACUUUUCACUAGACAAAGCCAUAUCGUUUAGAUUGCAAUAAUUAAAACGACAAAAAGAAUAUUUCAGCAUCGAAAGUUUCGAUCACAUGUUUGUUUUCUGUUUAAAAAAAGAAAGAAGAUAGUUGCAUAUUUGUUUGUAAGUCCUCACCAUUCUUGUAUCUUUAAACAUGUAAACUAAUGUGUGCACAAAGAAAAUGUGCGUAGAAAAAAGAAGCCAUUGUUAUAAUUGUCUCAGUGUUCUACAUGUACUGUAAGUGUGUGUGUGUGUGUGUGUGUGUUUAUAUGUGUGUGACUCUACUUGUCUGUGAUGUGAGGCCAUGUCGUUGAUUCAUAUAGUCCUGGUUUAUACUAUGUAAUUGUGUCUUUGAACUAUUUUGUGCACCGUAGUGAAACUAGGGGCGGAUCCCCAGUUUCACUGCGUCAAAAAAAACAAAAAAACUUCACACAUUCCUUUCAAAUGUUGAGCAUGAAUACUGUAUGUUCUCUAGAGAAGAAAAACACACCAAAUGUCAAAAAGACAAACAUGUCCUGUUUCUGUGGGCGUCUCCGGGCAACAGGAUCUGUGCAUUGGAUCCAGAGAGAUUGGCCGAUGGUCUCGUUGAGCGUUCGACCGUUUGUUCUCGGUCGACUGAGGUUUGAGGCUGCGAUCGCACGGGAGCUUGGUUAUUCAGCUGAGGCACAAAGCUUUUGUGUGGGCGUCACAGCAACAAACUGCAGCUGUGUGUAAUACUGACGCGAGCGUAGGUGUUGACCUCAUGGCCUCACAGUGCCAAGCACAGCUCCUCCCACUGUUCAGGAGUUACUCUGGGAUACGGACGCCACCAUCUGUGUGACGGCACAGUCUGUGUAGGAGUGAUCAGGGAGCGGAGGUCAACCAACUACAUGUCAAUCUCAGCUGUCAAUCAUCACGUCUUACUCCUGCAGAGCUACAACUCAUCAACUCUGAGAUUCAUUGGAGGCUUUUCAAAUUGAAAAUGGGGGACGUGCAAUCAAAAAAAAAGAAAAAACCUGCAGAGAGAUUUAUUUUAUCGUAACCAAACCACCCGUGUUACUUUUGUCCGCGAGCUUCAGCCGCGUUGGAUGAGAUGGUUGCAGUGCAGACGUGGAGAAGCUUCUCAGUCCUGCUUUGUCUGAGGAGAAUCACCUUGAUUGGUUCAUUUCUUACUCUUGCACCCGGGACCAGACCAGCACAUGGCCUUGUAUCCCCUCGCCCCAGUGGGGAGGUGAAAGGGGGACGCAGAUCCUGGACUAGUCUUAAAUUCAUGGGCCCUUCACGGAAACUACAGCCAUACAUCGUCUGUAUGUGGAACAGUCUCUCAGCGGGACUCGUCUCCAGGCGUCACAGCAGGUGAACUGCCUCAUAGAAAAGGGCUAUUAUCAUGUCAUCUGUCUGUGAGGUCGCUGGUAACUCAUCUGACGUGACGUGUCCUUGUUGUAACUCGCUCUGGUCGCAUGAGAUGCUGUGAACAUGUUUUUACGAGCCGCUGUGGCUGUUUCCCUCCAGAUAUGAUCCUUGGUUUGAUCCCCGACAGUGUAAAAGCAAGGAGGCGUUUCUUUAAGUAUAAUUAGUAUAACUUUACAUGGAAUAUAUACGCUGUUUAUUUUCCCAACAGAAAUGGAUGUGGCUGAACAAGAGCGAUGAAAACCACCAGUGUAGAUUCUGAAAAACGAAAAAGGCCUCAAAGACGUUAAACAGCUUCAAUCGAAUCUUGGCCAGUUUUCCUCUGAAACUCGAAGUCCACCCACUGAUGGGUUGAUGGUUUUCUAUGGAGGGGGGGUGAGGGGGGACUCGAGCCACAGACCACGACUGAAAAAACUGGAUUAUCAAAGCAUCUUCUGUUGUCAGGAGCCCAGAAACAUUCAGAGAUCUGAGGAACGCUGCCAAGCCGCCGUUCAUCCUCCGUCCAACAGCAACAAGAAAGAAAUGUCAGAUUCUCCAUUAAGUUUUUUGGUGAUUUAUCUCAUGAAAAUUACAAAGGAAUUCAUACUGGCAGCACGCAAAUGAUUGCAUAGAAGUUUACUCAGUAAAUAAAACUUCAUGUAACGCGUUGAGCGACUGAGCUGGAGAGAAUAUAUUAGAAUUAAAACUGUCCUUUAAACGUUAUCGUUCAUCCCCAGAACCCUUUUCCCUGAUUUCAGCGAUGCCAUAACAUUUGACCGUCUGACUAACAUUUCCACGUAAACUUAUAUGAAUAUUAUUAUAACUGCCCUGCUGAAUCCUGCCAGUCGAUCCAGAAGUGAACGCUGCUCAGUGAGUUCUGCACCGACAAGAAGCUCGUCUCAUGACUUCGUUAACUUUCCUGUGAAACUCAAUGAAAACAUUCCAGUCAUUUUGGCAUUUGCACUAGAUUCCGUUGAAAUGUUACUCUGACAAUGUUAUGGCAUCUACAGAGUCGACGUCAUGAGGUAGAUAAUAAUAAUUUGCCACCACCACCACCACCACCACAGUACCUGGCAGGCGUCCCUUUAGACGGCACUCUGGAUUUAUCAAAUGUAUGCUGAUGAUGUGACCGUGUGCAGGUCGCUGCAGUAGCUCCCUCCAGAGGCUCAUACGUGAACAGUCCAGACUGGUGACAAUUACAUCAUGUAAUAGGUGAAACAAAAACCCCAUUCAAAAAUAUACUAACAGCUCAAUUGGGGAAUGUUUUUUUAUUUUAUUAAACUUCCUUUAACUUGAUCUAGAGGCUCUUUCUGUUUAAUUCAGGGUGAAAUAAUUUCAGGGUGCAGAGGUUAAGAAUGUAAAAUAUGAGUUCAUUUGCUGUUUGUUUUUCUUCCUUAUUUGCAUGUCAUAUAGUCUAUGUGGAGCCCAAUCACUGUAAAACUGUCUCAUCGAUAGAACUGAGUCAUUCUUUUUGGAAAUUAAAUGCAUAAAACUAAUAAAAAAAUUAUAAUAAAGAUUUAUAAAAAGAUCA